CAAUGGCUUCUUCUCUAGCUUGCCUUCUCUUAAUCAUUCUCCUCCCUACCUCCAUCAAUGCCUUUUGUGCGUCUUUCGACUGCAGAAGUGGCACCGGCACCCCCAUUAGCUACCCAUUCUGGCACCAAACACAACACUCAGAAUACUGUGGAUAUCCAGGCUUCAAUGUCACUUGUCAUAACCAAAGUUCAACACUUAUCAAUCUCUCCAACAAUCUCUUUCGCAUCAGAAAGGUAUUGUGAAUCAAAUGUGAUUGUUCCAGUGAUCCAAAAAGCUGCAGGAAAUUAUGAUUUUGUUAGAUCUAUCGAGGAAGGGUUCCAGUUAACUUGGCAGCAGCCACCUGAAGAUGCUGCUUGUGCAUCAUGUGAGGCAACCAGCGGGUUUUGUGGAUUUCGGACGGGAGGCAUUGGCGACAAUACCACUAGUUUCCUCUGCAUUUGCUCUGAUGGACAGCAUUUGGUCAAAUGUCACAAUGGAGGUAUGUAUUAGCUAGAAUCCUCAUAUAUAUAGGGUGGAUUGAAAAUAUCAAAAAUGUCCGGGGCUCCUGGUACUUUUUACUGUUAAUUUUUUAAAUUUAGAGAAAAGAAAAAAAUUAAAAUGUUCUUACAUUA